AUGAAGAAAAAAUUGAUUCAAAAAAUUUUUUUUAAUAAAAAUAUAAAUUUUUCCUACAUAUCUAGAAGGGGAUAUUUUAAAACCCUAUUACAAAAUGAUAUGAAACACAAAUGGAAUGGUUUCUGUAAAAAUAAUUAUAUAAAAAGUGAACAAUUCGUCAAUUUCUCUACGGAAAAAAAAAGUGAAUUAAAUUUCCUCAGUAAAGAGCAAAUAGAAGAAAAGGUUAUUACUGUCUUAAAAAAAUACUUACCUAAUGAUGCUGAAAUUAAAUAUGAAGAAGAAUUAGAAAAAAACAAAACAAAGGAUAAUAGAGCUUGGGAUUUUUUGGAUACUGUAGAAUUUUUAAUAGAUAUUGAAUCUGAAUUUAAUAUUACAAUUCCUGAUGAAACAGCCGAUAAUAUAAAAACUUUACAAGAAUUAAUAGAUUAUUUAGUUCAGUUAAAUACCAAGAAACCCUAA